AUGAUUAAAAUUUUAAAAAUUAAAAAUACACCAAAGAUAAUAAACCAAUUUAAAGGAUUUGGUUAUUUUAAUAAUAGUGUUUUAAAUCAACAAUAUAGAUACCAUUCAUCAUGUUGUGGCCAUAACAAUAGUAAUAAUAGUCAAUUAAAAACAAAUGAAGAAAAUAAAAUUAGAGUUAGAUAUGCACCAAGUCCAACAGGUUAUUUACAUUUAGGUGGUUUAAGAACAGCAUUAUUUAAUUAUUUAUUUGCAAAAAAGAACAAUGGAACAUUUUUAUUAAGAAUUGAAGAUACUGAUAGAACACGUUUUGUAGAAGGGUCAGCAAAGAAUUUAGCAAAUUGUUUAGAAUGGGCAGGUAUUCCAUACGAUGAGGGACCAGAAAGACCAGGCAAUUGUGGACCAUAUGUUCAAUCCGAAAGAUUACCAAUUUAUAAAGAACAUGCUCAACGUUUAUUAGAUGAAGGUCAUGCCUAUCAUUGUUUUUGUACUCCAGAACGUUUAGCAAUAUCACGUAUUGGUUCAAAAGGUCAAAAUGGUAUGUCUCUAUAUGAUAGACACUGUUUAAAACUUUCAAAAGAAGAAAUCGAAAAUAGAUUAAAAAAUAAUGAACCACAUACCAUUCGUUUAAAGAUUCCAUCAGAAAAAACAACCAACUUUACAGAUAUAGUUAAAGGAAAAGUUUCAUUUAAUAAUCAAUUAAUCGAUGAUCAAGUAUUAAUGAAAUCAGAUGGAUUCCCAACCUAUCAUUUAGCAUCAGUAGUUGAUGAUCAUCUUAUGGGUAUUACUCAUGUCAUUAGAGGUGAAGAGUGGUUAAAUAGUACACCAAAGCAUAUUGUUCUCUAUGAAGCAUUUGGUUGGCAACCACCAAAGAUGGCUCAUGUACCAUUACUUUUAAAUACAGAUAAAUCUAAACUUUCAAAACGUCAAGGCGAUGUAUCUGUCGAUAGUUAUAUGGAAAAAGGUUUCCUUCCAGAGGCAUUGGUUAAUUUUGUAGCAUUAUUAGGUUGGUCUCCACAUGAAACCACUCAAGAGGUAUUCACUUUAAAUGAAUUAAUCGAUCAAUUCUCAUUGGAUGGUUUAAAUACAAGUGGUAGUGUUGUAAAUAUGGAAAAAUUAGAUUGGUUCAAUGUAGUUCAUAUUAGAAAGCAAUUGGAUGAUCCAUCAACUCAUCAUUUAAUUUUACCAACUAUUAAAGAGCAAAUUAAAGAGUUUUAUAAUCAAUCGUCAAGCGAAAGUGACGAAUAUUUAUUAAAAGCAAUUCAUUGUGUAAAAGAAAGAGUUCAUAUCAUCGAAAAUUUUGUUCCCCUCUUAAAACCAUUUUUUGUUGAUCAAAUCGAUUUUAAUUCAGAGGAAGCUCAAAAAAUGAAAUCUAAAGUUUGGAAAGGUGAACAAUCAAAGCAAAAUAUCACUACUUUUAUUGAGCAAUUAAAAAAUCUCCAAGAUUUUACAGCUCCUAAUAUUUAUAAAACACUUCAACAAACCUGUUCAAAUCAUAUUUAUAAAGAUCAACAAUUAAGUGAAAAAGAAUUAACAGCUAAAGUUAACCAAUUAAUGAGCAAUUUACGUUAUUUAUUAUUAGGUUCCUCUGUUGGUGGUGGUAUACCAGUUGCAAUUGAAACUUUUGGUAAAGAAAAAACAAUUAAUAGAUUAUUAAAUGGUUUAAAUAAAAAUUAAUUUAUAAAAUAAAUUAAUAAUAGUUUAAAUAAUAUUUUUAUUUAUUUUAUUAUUUAUUAUUUUUUAUUUAUAAUUGGCAUGUAUUAGUUCCAGAUAAAACUUUCUCUUUACAAGUGUAGCCAUAUUUACAUUGCCAUGUAUAGUCGCAUAUAAUUGGGUUUUUGGGUUCUUUCCAAUCAAGUGGGAUACAUCUUGGAAUUCCAUUUACCCAGCUUACAAUAUUGGUACUGAGGUCGCAUUUUGAACAUUUUGGUUCAUUUGGAUUUGAUGAGCUUGUAAAACCUUGGGCACAAAUACAAUGUCCGAAUGUUGUGGAUCCAAAGUCGAAUAAAACUUGAACACCUAAACUUGAAACGGAUACUCUUAGGAUUUGAUUAUUAUUUGACAAAUAAAUAUAACCAUCAUAAUAUUUGAAUGUUGUUGGGCCAGAUCCACUAUAUAUUAAAGUUUUUGAUGAUGGGUCAUUGAUUGGUACUUUGUAAUAACUUCUUGAAUUAUAAUAUGAACCGGUAACAUAGUAAAAAUGAGUUGAGGAGACUUCAAAAGAAUAAACAUAUUCGUUAGUUGAAAAUACAACUGGAAGGUUUUCAGUGUAGGUACCGAGAGUAGUUGGAUUAAAUGAUCCUGAAUAUAUUUUGCCACCAUUUAAGAUAAAUAAUUGAUUAUUAAAUUUCUUUAUUUCUGUGCAACCGUAAUAUAAAACUGGGUGGUUUGAAACCUCUGUUUUAAUUGGACCCCUGCUAACUCUAUUUCCAUAUGGCCAACAUGAAUAUUGAAUGUUAUUAUCUUCAUCAAAGAUAUAAUUACUAUCAGAGACACUGGCAAGAGAAACACCGAUUGUAUUAUUUUUAUAAAAUACAUAGUUCUGGGUACCAAUAAUUCUUCUUCCACCAUAUACAAUCAUAUCAUAUGAUUUUGGACCAACUAAUUGAGAUAGACCGGUUAGUAUUUGGUAUGUAUCUUGACCAUAGAUAGUAGUGUGGCUUAUUGCAUCAUAACCAUUACUACCACUUAAGGGAAUUGAAAUAAUUCUAUUUUCUUUUUCAUCACUGUAUUUAAUUGAAAAUAAAAGUCUAUUGUUAACUGGGUCAAUAUCAAUCUUAUCUAAAGGAGAAGUUUUAUUGGUUUUACAAAGAGUGUAAGGAGUAUUUCCGCACUGCCAAUCAUAAGAACAUCCAGUUGUCAAGGAAUUAGAAUAUUUUAAUUGAAAACAAAUUAAAAUUAAAAUUAGUAUAUAUUUU